AGUAAUUUAAGUUCAGCAGCAGCGAGCUGCAGCUCUGAGUCUGAGGACGUGUUUCUGAACACUGUGGAGGAGCAGCAGUCCGCUUGAACUGAACGUGGACGAGCAGCAGAGCAGCAGAGCGGCGGUAAGUCUAGUUGGCUCUGGGUGGAGCUGUUUUUGCAGAACAAAGAUAACUCCCAGGACGGACCUGCAUAGUUUCUGAAUCUUACACAGAGCUAUUUAAACUCAGGACUGAAUCAGAGUUGUGGAUCAGUGCUGAAGAUCCAAGCUACUAUCUACAUCAAGUUACUGCAUCAUUAAGAUCUUUGCUAUAUAAUGAUGGAGUUUCCUGAAUAUGAAAAUUACACCUAUGAGUAUCUGGAGUAUGGCGACUUUGAAGAAACUAAAGCAGAGGGUUAUAUCCAGAAAGAGGCUCUGCAUAUCGUUUCAGUGGUCAUCUACUCCCUAGCGUUUGUGCUUGGAGUCAUUGGAAAUGGCAUUGUGAUCUGGGUGACUGCAUUCAAAAGCAAGCGGACAAUCAACAGCGUGUGGCUGCAAAACCUGGCCAUAGCAGAUUUUGUAUUUGUUCUGUUCUUGCCUUUCUCCAUUGACUAUGUGCUGCGCAACUUUAACUGGAUCUUUGGAUGGAACAUGUGCAAGCUGAACUCUUUCGUGUGUACAGUGAACAUGUAUGCCAGUGUGCUGUUUGUCACUGUGCUCAGUUUGGACCGUUACAUUUCGCUGGUCCACCUCAGCUUUUGCCAGAGUUUCCGAUCUGUGAGGUGGGCCUGGGGAAUGUGUGCACUGAUCUGGAUUGUGUCCAUGCUUCUAAGCAGCCCAGCUUUAAUUUUCAGAGAAACUGUGCAAUACCAAAAUAAGGUGGUGUGUUUCAACAAUUUUCAUGAUGAGCAUGGACACACUGCUGUUGUGAGACACAUAGCUAUGGUGUUGCUUCGCACAACAGUUGGCUUCCUCCUACCAUUUGCCACCAUCUGCAUCACAGCCAUACUGCUGGCCAGAAGGAUGAAGCAGUCCAGCGGUGUGCAUAUUUCCAGCUUCUCCAGGACAGUGACCGCAGUUGUCUUGGCCUUCUUCCUCUGCUGGGCACCCUUUCACGUUUUCAGCCUCAUGGAGCUAGGCAUACAUUACUCACCCUACCUGCACCCCAUUCUGAUUGUGAGCUUUCCCCUGGCCACGAGCCUGGCCUUUUUUAACAGCUGCAUCAACCCCAUCCUCUACGUGCUGAUCAGUAAGAAUGUGUGGGGGAUACUCAAGAAAUCCUGCAUGAACAUUGCUAAACAGUCUCUGAGAGAGCUUAACCACAGCCUUUCUGCCACCGAGUCAGUAUCAAUCCCAGUCAUCUGCUCUCCUGAGGAGGUUCCUGCUUCAUCCACUGUCUGAAGCUGUGUAUGGCAUCAGUAUUCAAGCAAGCCAAACAGGGUGAAGUGCAUUCUUCUUUAGACUUAGACAUGCUUUAGAGGACCAAUGUUAUAGUAUAACAUAUGUAUUUCAUUUAACUUUAACUUAGCAAAGAGUGUAUAUUUUUAAAAUAUUGUCUUAAGUGCUCUGCGAAAGGUUUAAUAAGGUAGUUUUUUUACUACGAAUGCUGUCUUUGGAGCUGGUCACAGAGGCCUUGAAAGUACUGCAUGGUAGUCUGAUGACUAUAAAUUGCUCAGAGUGGAAAACCUGAGCAAGCAACAUUUGUCCCAACCACAGUGGGUGAAAGCAGAACGAAAGGGCUUCACAGCAAUGUAUGCCAAAAGCCAACGACAGACCUCAUUGUGGGAACAAGAAAUAUUUAUUCCAAAAAAGGAAAAUUGACUGUUGGGCAAUAAGUAGGUUCAUCAGACGGGCUUGUUUUAAUUGGCAAGUGUGUUCUUUUUAUAUGUAAAUAUAACAUUACAACUUUAUAAGUUAAUAUGUUUUAAGUAUUUGAUUUGUAAUAAAAUAGACAUUUCUGUACCUAGAAGAAUGUUUAUUAAAAUAAAGUUUUUUUUAUCAAUAUUGA